AGCCACGGCGACCCAGGCGGGCGGCGGGCUGCGACCGCUGGAGCCCCCUCGGAAACCUGGGUGUGUGCGUCUGGCUGUGGGGGAGUGAGUGGUAGGGAGGGUUCCGCCGGGUCUGUUCCGUCCGGCUGGUAAGUUACGGCAUUUGGUCCCGGGCUUCUCCUUCGAGACUUUUCCUGCUGUGUUUGGGUUAAAGCAGGAGGUCCGCGCACGCUGCUGGCAGCCGGGUGCUCUGGGGGAGGAGGGUUGAGGAUUAAACACGAGGAAGUCGGCCUGGGGUCACGGCAGAGUGCGCUUUGGGCUUCUAAAGCGCUGUCCCUACGUAACGAGUCCUGCAAGGGCACUGUCCUGUGGAAGAUGAAGAGCUGAGGCAAUCUUCUGUAAGUCCAGGUAAAUCCAACCCGCCGUAAGGUACCGUUUCCAGAAUGGAUGUGGGUGCACAUUUCUCUCGCUGUUCUUUUUUGUACCGCAGUGAAAACAUUGUAUCACUCAUUCUCUCUUAUAUAGGGUAGCAGUUGGGUGCAUGAUUUUCCCUAUUAGGUGAGGCAGCUCCUUCCCUACUCCAGCAUCAUUUUAACAUGUGAAUGUACAGCAGAAACAGAGGCAGCUUUGUUUGCAAUCUCUGAUUGCUCUCAUGCAUGCUUUUCAUUGUGAGUAAGGGGCCCCUCGUGUCCCUGUCAUCUGUUACGACUGUAAGUGGAGAAAUGAGAUGUCUGUGUUACAAAGGGGUGAGUUACAAAAUUUUUGGAGACAAGGCAUCCCUUCUGUAACCAUCCCUUCUAUCUGUUAACUCACUGUAACCAGAAGAGAUUUCUGGCAGAGGGAUACACUAGUACAGGGGUGGGACUGGAAUGGCUCAGCUCCAAUUUUACAGGAUGCUGAAGGCAGAGAACAUCAGCCCUUUUUAACCCACAGUCUGCUCCAUGGCUCGCCUCCUGGCACUCCUGCUGUUGGACUGUUUCUGACACUCAUUCCUCCUUCCAGCUGCAGCUCUUGGAGUGCAGACUCCUUCAGCCAAGGUGCUUGGAUGAUACUCUGCUGGUAAAGUCUGGGCUCACUGGUGUGCAGCCAGGCAAUGCUGACCCCUCUGGGGUUUGGGCUGAAACUUCAUGUGCUCCUUGUUGUCCCUUAUGUGACUGGAAGUUCUUCAGGUGUAGAUGCAGCUACUCCUUGUUCCUGUUCUUGAGCUUCUUUGCCUGAGGUUUUGCUGUACAAACCAGCACAGCAGGUGGUAAUGUCUUCCAGGUUUGAUUUAUUUGGAGCAACAAGAAGCUCAGGUGAUAUCAGUGACACACUGACCUGUGCUCAGUGUGUUCUCCUGAUCUCAAGACCAUAGAACACCUGCAUGCCUCCUGUACAGCUCAUUCCUGGCUGUCUCUUUGCAGCAUUUGAGACCUGACUUUCAGAAGCUCUGGGUGUCCAUGUUCCUACUAAUAGAGGUGUCUAUACUGCCUUAACCAGAGCAUUCAAAAUCAUUAAUAAUUUUGAAAAUGCAAGGCUUUUAUUUCUUAGUCUUAUAUUUAGUCUUUCCGUUUGUAAAAUGGGAAUGAAACAUUUUGCUUCCUACUUUGCAGUGCAUGUUUCUAUUCUGCUUGUAAGAUGAUGAAUUCUUAUAAAAAUUUUUGCAUUAUACAGAUAAGCAAGAGAAAAACAAGUAGCCUUGCUGAAGUUACUUGUUUUUCAGAGACACUAAUGGCAUUUACCACAGUAGAUUCAGUGGAAGCUAAGGAAAUAGAGCAAUUCUCAUCUUACUGGCCUGCCUGUAUUAGCAACAUUUGUGCUGAUGUAACAUUGCCAAUGUAGAUGUACUGUUAUUAGUACUCAAAAGCAGACAGGCAUAAUUACUUUUUUGUCUAUUCUUCUAAGACAUUCCUCUUAGUUCUGAAAUUUUGGAUUAAAAAAAUUACUUCUGUAUGCAGUGUUUUAAGGGGAAGUCCCAGACCUUUCUGCUGGUUUUGAAACUGAGUAACACUGAACACAAAUCUUUCUCUGAAAGGAUAUGUAAUGCAGAUUGACUCCAACCUGGUUUUCAUAAAACUCAACACUUUCUUUCUUUCUAUAGGCACACAAUCUGGAUGUUUGAGAAUACAGCCAAGAGCAAAUGUGCUAGAAAUGUUUGUUAAGGUGGCUUCCAGUUUCCAUGAGCAUUCAGGUCAGAAACCAGUUGGGCCACUCAGUACUCCUCAGCAGAGUUACAGUUGCUGAAGAUGGAUGUGGAGGAAAGCAACAAAAUAGUAGCAAUUCAGAGAUCAUCCUUCUCCUUAGUCUCAGUGUUUUCCCUGUGCCACAGAGUCAUGAAAUCCUGGAAGAAGUUUUCUUCUGGCAGUUAAAAAUGGAACUCUAGUCCAUUUGUUUCUAACCCUAUCACAGUUAGGUAAGUUGCAGUUAGGUAGGAAUAGCUGUUAGCAGGUGGAUUUUUAAUGCCAGAGGUAAAUCUGUAGUAGCUGUGUGAUUUGGGAAAAUAGCUCAUAAGCUUUCACAAACUGUCCUGGAAGAUUUCAUGCUGUUCUUUGGGGGCUGUUGUCAUUGGUGAGUUAUUUCCAACCUUUUCUUGAUUUUUUUGGGUAUUGCAAGCAAAAAUGAGACUUCUGGUGAGAGAUGGGUAUAAUGCAGCCUGGUCAGGAGAGCUGUCCUGAGAGACAGGGUGCAGUGGCAUCCUUUGGAGGUUUGGAAAUGUUGGUUUAAAGCAAAAUUAUCAGUAGACAUCUGCAGCCCAGAAAUACAUAUAAGGGAGCAUGGAUGCAGAUUCAGACAGCUGGAUUAGUCUCAGUAUAAUUAAUUAUACAAGGGAUUAAUGUAUCCUAUUGCAUUUUCUCAAUCUGCUGGAUUAGUUGCUCUGUAAACAGUCAUACAAAGUUCUGAGUCCUGCCUACCAAAGGUUGGAGGUUGAAUUGAAGACUUACUGUUUUGUGGGGAAUAUUUAUGUCACCUGAACCUGUUGCUUAAGAGGCAAAUAGAGGAGAAUCGGUGCAUUCUCAUAUGUGGUUUAUAUUUUAAUGCGAAUUUAUGAUUUAUACAAAUUACAAUGUGUUUAAAAUCCCCUGCAAUAUUGUUGCUUUUCUGCAGCAUCAGGGAUGUGCAAGGCAUUGUCUCACUGAUACUUUCUGCUGUGACUCCCAGUGUGAUGACUUGGUGAAAGGCUCAAGGAAGUGGUUUUUAACUUGUGUGCUUCUUCAUGCGCUCAAGCUCAUUGCUACAGAUGGCAGAUGCCUGCCUUAUUUUUAGCUAUUUGAGGACAAAAUAGAAAAAUCCUAGUGACUCCCCAUGAUUUGUCAUCAUGGCUGAUCUCCAUUAAAUUAAACAUAGGGAUUGGCAGAGGAACAAAACCAGCAGGAAAGCUGCUUCUGUUUGUUUUAAAAAAAGCUUGUCUAAAGCGCUAAAAUAAUACUGUAAAAAAUAUCCACUACUACAUACAGAGACCCUUGGGAGGAGAAGUACUUUUGAACAGUUUAUCAUGUUUUGGAUAAGGAAACUGAGGUCUGUAUUGGUAAAACAAGUUCCCUGGAAGUCAGUUGAAGAGGAAAGAUUAAAAAGCAGAAGAUAUCCUGGCCUGUGCUCAGGCCAUUAGACUGUGGGUUUGUGUUCAAGGUUGGGAGGAGAAUGCCUAUUUUGGUGGCUUGCUUGAUGGAAAAUUUUAAAAGAUGGCCUCUUAAAGCAUGAGCAUCUUCCAUUUUUUUUCCCUUCUUUUUUCCCUGUCAGGAGUGAUCUGUUUUGUUGUGCAUUUGCCUUGAUAUCUUGGGAAAAAACCAAUUUCAGUGGCCAUACCUAAAAUUCCCUGACUUUGCCAGUUACUGCACGUGGCAUGGUAUAAUGGAGAGUGAUCUGUAGAUGUGUUUUAGCAGGGCUGUGGCUGUGCAUAAUGUUUACUGAAGAGCUCUGGUGCAAGAUGUUCUUAGGAGUGAGUGCGUGUUGAUAAAUUGUAUUAGCAGCCAGCUUUGAUAGCUUUGCCUGUGUUGUGGCUGCUGAAAUGCUGCCCUUGUGUUUCACUUCCCAACCAGUGUCCCCUUCUAAACAGAACUUCAGUUUCUAUCAGUAAUGUGGAGCUGGAGUUUAAACUUCUGUGUUGUUACACACUCAGAGACCUGUCUGGCUCAGUAAUUCCCUGCAGCUCUUUAGUUUGGGCCUCUCACUCUGGAUGAGGCUGGGCUGGAUCUCCCUUUCCCCAGACAAUUCAGAAGCAUGGGAACUCGAGGACCAAAAUAGACUGUGAGCCAACUGGUCAGGCCUGCAUUUCCCUCUGCUGCUGGAAAAGCUUGGCUUUGCAGUUCUGUCUUGUUCUCACACAAGAGUAAGCCAAUGCUUUCUUUAUUCCUGGAUCCACUAUUUGGCUGGGAGUGUUGCUGUAUACAUCAGAAGAAGCCAAAGAAAAUGUUAAUGUCUUGCUGCUAGCUGUGUAAUACUUGUUGGCUUGGUGAGGAGUGUUAUUGGCCACUUGGAGCUGCUGAGCCUUGAGGGUCUUGCAUUGUGGCUUUGGUUUUUUUUUUGUUUUGUUUUUUUUUUUUACUUCCUUUUGGAAUAAAAAUUCUCUUCUUCAUUCAUAAAAUUACUACAGUCAUUCAUUGAAGUGUUCCUAAGCUGUUUGUUUUGACCUGCUGCAGCAGUUAGUUGCACAAGGUAAUUAUAUGGCAAUAUAAGGUAAUACUGUUUUAUUACACCAGGAAUUGUGGCUUUGUUCUUGUACUCUCCAGAAGUUUGUUUGGAGUGCUUAGUGUGUGUCUCAACUUUCCUCCGAUUCACAAAACCUGAACUCGCCUAUCUUCUGAAGGGGACACAAUUGCCUGCAUACCUCUGGAGACGACUUCUUGCACCCCCUAAAAUUUGGGAAGGCUUUUGGAUUGUUGUGUGGGUGUGAGGGCACAGCCUGCUGGAGGCACUGGAAGUGGACUGGUUCCUGGUCAUGCCCGGUGGAAGGAGGGGACCCAGCCGGCAGCAGCUAAGCCGUUCCGCUUUGCCUUCUCUCCAGACUCUGGUUGGCGGCAGCUGUGGGAACGGGACUGGUCUGAGGAACAGGAAUGGUAGUGCCAUCAGCCUGUCAGCGCCUCCGAUCACAGCGCUGAUUACUCCAGAGCCUGUGCGUCACUGCCGGAUCCCUGACCUGCCGUUGGAUGGGAGCCUUCUCUUUGAAUUCCUCUUCUUCAUCUACCUUCUGGUAGCCCUCUUCAUUCAGUACAUCAACAUCUACAAGACUGUCUGGUGGUACCCAUACAAUCACCCUGCUUCCUGCACCUCACUGAAUUUUCACCUCAUUGACUACCACCUGGCGGCGUUCAUCACAGUGAUGCUGGCACGGAGGCUGGUGUGGGCCAUUAUCUCUGAGGCCUCUCAGGUGGGUGCAACAUCGCUGAUGUGCUACAUGGUGCGCCUGGUGCUGCUCACCCUCUGUGGAUGGGUGCUCUGCUGGACUCUGGUCAACCUCUUCCGCAGCCAUUCUGUUCUCAACCUUCUCUUCCUGGGCUACCCGUUUGGUGUCUACGUCCCUCUGUGCUGCUUCCACCAGGACAGCAGAGCACAGCCUCUACCUGCAGACUGUGGUUACUUGGUACAGGACCAGGUGGCGGAUGAUGGGGCUUCAGCUGUCAGCAGCCUGGUCAAAGACUUCUUCUCGCUCCUGUGGGAAUCCCUGAGAGAACAGUUCAAUAAUCCUACAUCUAUCCCCACCCACAGCUGCCCCCUUUCCCCAGAUCUCAUCCGCAAUGAGGUGGAGUGUCUAAAAGCAGACUUCAACCGCAGGAUCAAGGAAGUUCUCUUCAACUCUCUCUUCAGUGCCUACUACGUGGCAUUCCUGCCACUGUGCUUUGUGAAGAGCACCCAGUACUAUGACAUGCGCUGGUCCUGCGAGCACCUCAUCAUGGUGUGGAUCAAUGCCUUUGUCAUGCUCACCACGCAGCUGCUACCCCCCAAGUACUGUGACCUGCUCCACAGGUCUGCCGCCCACCUCGGCAAGUGGCAGAAACUAGAACAUGGCUCCUACAGCAAUGCUCCACAGCACAUCUGGUCAGAAAACACAAUAUGGCCACAGGGAGUUCUGGUGCGACGGAGCCGGUGCCUGUAUAAAGCAGUUGGGCCUUACAACGUAGCAGUGCCUUCAGACGUGUCCCAUGCCCGCUUUUAUUUCCUCUUUCACCGUCCCUUACGGCUGCUCAACCUGCUGAUUCUCAUCGAAGGCAGCGUGGUGUGCUACCAGCUCUACUCCCUGCUGCGCUCAGAGAAGUGGAACCACACGCUCUCCAUGGCCCUCAUCCUUUUCUGCAAUUAUUAUGUCUUAUUUAAGCUCCUCCGGGACCGCAUAGUAUUAGGCAGGGCAUACUCGUACCCACUUAACAACUAUGGACUCAAGGCACACUAGGCCAGCCAGACGUGUCCCCCUUCUCUUCCUCAUCCCACAGGGCAGGAGGGAACCUCAGAAAAAAAAUAUUUUCGUACAGUUCUAUUUUUUUCUUGCAACGUUUAUAAAUAUUUAAAAUAUUUUAUAUUUUGUAUACUAUUGUUUUUGUGGGGCGGGAAGGGAACCAGUGGCAAUUAAAUGUCGCUUUAUAAACAAGGUGUUAUUUUAUAUAUAUAUAUAUUAAAAAAAAAUCCAUGUGUAUAUACA